AUGAACCAAAAUGUUUCUAACAACUCAACUUCGACCAACAACAACCCAUCUCCACCCAAUUCCCCUUCACACACACCGAAUGAAAUUAUUAUCGGUGAGGGUUUUGAAACAAUUGCAAAAACCUCUGAAGUGGUUUUGGCAGCUGAAUUGAACGCUGUCAAUGAUGAGACCAAUGAAAACGACAUUGGUGGCGCUAAUGAAGAUGGCGGGGCCCAAGGUGGGGUUCCUAGGUCUAUGUUUGUUGCUUUGAUUGGUGAUGGUUCGAAUACAUCUAUGGUCGAGCAAGUUGGUGGCGAUAAUCAUGUCCAACCUUUUAAGAAGAGAAAGUACAAACUAGUUAGAGACCCUCCUAUUGGAAUACCUACUUGUCCAGUAUGCAAGAAGGAGUUUGCAACAUGGAGAGCUGCAUUUGGGCAUAUGAACAAGCAUCCCGAUCGUCCUUACCGUGGAUUCUUUCCUCCUCCUACUUUUACCCCCACUGCAUCAGUGGCUGGGAUCCAUGUUGAGGACGAUUGUCAUCCUAAAGAGGUGGAUGAUGAAGGGGUGUUAGCGGUGGUUCGCGAACUUAUCGUUGACCUGAAUAGGUCUAGGUCUAUUGAAGUGCCAGCUAAGUCCUCCGCUGCUGGUGGCAGUGGGAGAAAUGAAGAAGUACCUGCCCUGGCACCUGAAUAUGAAGAGGGAAGAAGGAAAAAUGUGUUUGACUUGAAUGAGUUGCCUCCGAAUGAUGAUGAUGAUGAUGAUGACAAAACUGAAGAGAAAUGA